AUGAAGUACUCAUGCCUCCUCGUCGCCGCCUUGGCCUCACUCAUCCCCACCAUCGUCGCCCACAAGCCUAGGAUGAUGGAUCCCUGGGCCUGGAAGUCCACUGGACCAAGAUGCAAGUACAACGAGAAAGGCGUGUACGGCUGCUUUGGACAGCCGAUUGGCCAAGAGGAAAAGUACCCCGAGGAUGCGGGGUGGCGCGACACGGUGCCGGAAGGCGGACGAUGGCCAGGCACGCCAGGGGGCCAUGCAUGA